CGCUGCGAUGCUGUUGCUGUGGGUUUGAUUGACAGGAAACAUGUCGGUGUGGUGGGAACGAACCGGGAUGCAGCUGCUGCCAAGGGAGACAGGGAGUACCUGCAUCCAGUCCACACACCACAACCUUUAAACCAUCAACCAGGCUUCUCCUCCCGAUCCGGCUGCUUAUGAUGCGCUGAGCAGCAUCAUCUCUCUUCUUUUUUUUUUUCUUUUUUCUUUUUCUUUCUAAGGGGACACCGAUGGAUGCUGCGUCCAAGCGCGUCCUCCGACUCGAUGUCUUUACAUCGUGCCUGAUCUAGCCUCCAUCCAGAGACACCUUGAUGAUCCAGCAGGACUGAGAACUACUGUUACAAUGGAGUCCACUCUCUCACGGGUCAAAUAAAACCUACAGCAUCUCGUUUCAUGGCGUUCUGCAGGUUGCUCUGUUCCAUGGGAUCAUUUCUUUUUCCAAAUCAGUGAUAUUCUCGCUCCUAUAAUUUAAUUUAUUUUUUAUUUUAAAAGCGCAAAAGGGGUAAAAAAAAAAUAAAAAAAAAACAUCCACCGGUCGCUAAACUAUGAACGAGGAGAUGACAAAAAGCGAGGAGCAGCAUCUGAGUUUGCAGAAAGCCUUGCAGCAGUGCGAGUUGGUGCAAAACAUGAUAGACAUAAGCAUUUCCAGUUUGGAGGGUUUAAGGACCAAAUGUGCCACAUCCAACGACCUGACACAAAAAGAGAUCCGAACCCUGGAGGGUAAGUUGGUGAAGUACUUCAGCCGCCAGCUGUCCUGCAAGUGCAAAGUGGCCUUAGAAGAGCGCAGUGCAGAGCUGGAGGACUUCCCUCGCCUCGACCACUGGUUCCGCAUUGUUAAUCUAAGGAAGGAGGUGGCUGAGGAGAUGAAUGCAGGCGAGGUGACUUUAGAAGGCCUGUUGGAGAUGAGUGAAGAUCAAGUGUGUGAGCUGUUGCAGAAGUUUGGUGCCAAUGAAGAAGAAUGCGCCCGACUAAACGCCUCCCUCUCCUGCCUCAAGAAAGCUCACCAACUCGAACAACUUGAGGAGGAUAAGUUGCACACUAACGGAGGGAGUCAGGCAAAACAGGACUGGUCUAUUCAGUGGCCCACCUCUGAAUCUGGAAAGGAAAACACUCCAGUUUGCCAGCCAGAGGCCAGCCAGUGGAUUCGUUUUCAGCUUUCCCAAAGUCCCAAAGUUCAGUCCAAGUACAACCAGCACAUGUGCCACAGUCCACAAGCCCUGGCGCCCCCUUUCUACACUGAUCGACUUACUGUUGACAACCCAGCCACAGGACUCUUCCCUUCCUUUGACUAUGGUCACCGUUCCCUUCCACCGUCGCCUCGUCAGAGGCAUUUUGGCCACACACCUCCUCGGACUCCUUUGGUGGUCAACACAAUGACUCCACCAGGCACUCCCCCAAUGAGACGAAGGAACAAAGUUAAGGCCCCUGGAACACCACCACCACCAAGCCGCAAGCUUAUCUAUCUCCUGCCUGGCUUCACUGCACUGCAUCGGAGCAAAUCCCAUGAAUUCCAGCUGGGGAACCGAUUGGAUGACUCACAGACGCCAAAAGCCAAGAAGAAGACCAAGCCCUUGAACCUUAAGAUUCACAGCAGUGUGGGGAGCUGUGAGAAUCUUCCCACGCAACGGUCACCGCUCCACAACGAACAAUCUCUGCGAUCCUUCUUCUUUCCCUCUUUCAUCCCUUCCACACCUCCCGUUCAUGCUGAAACACCCUCUGCAAACACUCUUUCAGUGCCUCGCUGGUCCCCACAGAUUCCCCGAAGAGAUCUGGGAAACUCAAUAAAACACAGGUUUUCCACCAAGUACUGGAUGUCGCAGACAUGCAUAGUAUGUGGAAAGGGAAUGUUGUUUGGACUAAAAUGUAAAAACUGCAAGCUGAAGUGCCACAACAAAUGCACCAAAGAAGCCCCACCUUGCCAUUUACUGAUUAUACAGCGAGGUGGACGAGAAUCCCUCAAAGAUCAACCAGGAUCAAUUCAAGUUGCUCGUCUGGUACGGACUGAAUCAGUGCCAUGUGACAUCAACAACCCGCUCAGGUACACAGACCUGCAUAUCAGUCAGACGCUCCCUAAAACCAACAAAAUAAACAAGGAUCACAUCCCAGUUCCUUACCAACCAGACUCCAGCAGUAAUCCUUCUUCCACCACUUCCUCCACUCCAUCCUCCCCAGCUCCUCCCUUGCCAAGCAGUGCCACACCACCAUCACCAUUACAUCCAUCCCCACAGUCAGCACGGCAACAAAAACAGUUUAAUCUGACAGCCUCCAGUUAUUUCAAAUACAAGCAACAAUUCAUUUUCCCUGAUGUUACUCCAGAGGCACCUCCCAGUAGAGCACCGCAAGUCAUUCUGCACCCGGUCCUCUCUGAACAAGGGAUCGAAGGCAAUCCUUUACUUCAAAUCGAAGUUGAACCUACUUCAGAUAAUGAUGAUGGUAACAACGAGGACUCUGGUGAUGAGUUUGAGGAGAUGAAUUUGUCCCUUCUGUCUGCUCGCAACUUCCCACGUAAAGCCAGCCAGACGAGCAUCUUCCUACAGGAGUGGGACAUUCCCUUUGAACAGCUGGAGAUUGGAGAGAUGAUCGGCAAAGGGCGCUUCGGCAAGGUGUUCCAUGGACGAUGGCAUGGGGAGGUUGCCAUCAGAUUGAUCGACAUAGAGCGGGACAACGAAGACCAGCUGAAGGCCUUUAAACGUGAGGUGAUGGCAUACCGCAACACUCGACAUGAGAACGUAGUGUUGUUUAUGGGGGUGUGCAUGAGCCCACCGCAUCUGGCCAUCAUCACCAGCUUGUGUAAAGGCAGAACACUUUACUCUGUAGUGAGGGAUGCCAAGGUUGUUCUAGAUGUUAACAAGACACGACAGAUUGCACAAGAGAUGGUCAAGGGGAUGGGCUACCUUCAUGCGAAGGGGAUUUUACACAAAGACAUGAAGUCCAAGAACGUGUUUUAUGAUAAUGGGAAAGUCGUCAUCACUGACUUUGGACUUUUUACCAUAUCUGGAGUCCUGCAGGCUGGCAGUCGGAGAGAAGACAAACUGAGAAUCCCCAAUGGCUGGCUUUGUCACCUGGCCCCAGAAAUCAUCCAGCAGCUUUCUCCAGACACGGAGGAGGACAAACUUCCUUUCUCCAAACAGUCAGACGUCUUUGCUUUCGGCACCAUCUGGUAUGAAUUACAUGCACGUGAGUGGCCUUACAAGAGUCAGCCAGCGGAGGUGAUCAUAUGGCAGAUUGGAAGUGGUAUGAAGCCCAACCUUGCCCAAACUGGGAUGGGGAAGGAAAUACUGGACAUUUUGCUAAUGUGUUGGGCGUACAAGCCAGAAGAGCGGCCCAGCUUCUCCAAGCUCGUAGAUUUACUGGAAAAGUUGCCAAAAAGGAACCGCCGCCUUUCCCAUCCAGGGCACUUCUGGAAGUCAGCUGAGUAUGUUAAAUGAGUUAAGGCCAUAAAACAACAGUCCACUCCUUUUACAAAACAUCUGCCAUAACUCUGCAUAAAUAGACCACCUCUUUAGAGAAUGCACUGAAUCAUAAAUCCAGCCGAGUGGUGAAAAACUGCCCAUGCUGUGUGUUUCUCAAUGGAAUGUUGGCAUUUGUGUGUACAGAUGAGUUGACUGUCCACUUCCUUAAUGCAGCCGGGACUCAUGUUUUCUUUAAUUUGAUGUUAAACACACUGUAUAUAUCUUAUUUUUUCAGUCUUUUAUGAGUGACUUGUUUGCCUCAUUAUAUUUAAUUUGUUUCUUUGAUGUAACUUGCUUGUAACUUUCAACAGAUCACAUCAUCUAAAAAAAACAUGUCUGAGAACAAAUGUAAUUAUGAUUUCUGUUUUGCUUUUUUGUUUUGAAUGAAUGUAGCUGUUGUACAUCACAUACUGGGCAUAUCCUUAACAUUUUCUUAUCAUCCCAUUUGUCAGUCAUUUCUGUAGGCACAUGUUGUCAUAGUUACCUCAUGUUUUUUCCAUGUAUGAAUGUCCUCUCAUUGUGUUUGUUGAACUUAAUUGUCCUUUUAUUUCCACUCUAACAUUUGAAUGUUAAGGAGGCAGUGUUCCUGUUUGUUUGGGAAUGUGUCAGCCCAGCUCUUUGAUGAAAGACUGUACUCUCAUUAGAGGGAGCUUUGAAUUUUAUCUAUGAACACAGAGAUGUUUGAACAGUUGCAGCCUUUGAGCAGUCAGACCAGGAUUCCCUCACUCAAUGCUUUCCUGUGAAAAUUAGACUCUUGAAAUGUAUCCAAACUGUUGCUACAACUCAAUAUCGAAUAUGCUGUCACUGAGCCCUUUUCACCAUAACUAUUUCACUUCAAAUAAAGUAGGUAUAUAUGGGUACAUAUUAUAUCUCACAAAGAUAAAAAGCCAACACUUGCUGCUAUGUAGUCAGUUCUUCUGUUUUCAGAAAUAUUUCCCCUAAUAUGUGAACUUGCUGAACUCUAAAUAUAACAUAUUAUAAAAUUAUUGGUUCCUAAAUAGAAUAUGAAGGCCAAAAGGCUACUCUUCAUUAUCUUAUACAGGGUGUGAUUUUAAAGAAUUGCAAAACUGUUAAAUAUUGGGUGUUAUAGGUAAUUAUGAAUUUUUUUUUCUUUAGUUUGUAAAUCAAAACAUUGUUGGUUGAAAGCAGUGUUGUAGUCACUCAAAAAGAAAAGCAUUCAUUUUACUCUAUUCACAUGUUCAUUGAUAAAAUAUGUACCUAUGCCCCUUUUUGUAAAUCUUAAAAAAUACUUUAAUUUGUAAAUAAUUUAAAGUAAAAUCAAAUGUUAUUUUUUUUAUUUUGAAAAACUUAAAUUUUAAAAGUCUAAAGAUACAGUUGAUGUAAAAGACAAUACAUUUUCCAAUUUUAGGCCUUUGCAUAUCAGUUCAUAAUAUGAUUAAGAAGUUAAAAAUGGUUAAUCGAUAACAGAUCAUGUACUGAUCAACAUGCUGGAUAGCUUGCUCUUUUGUCCUCUAUGUGAUGGGUAGCAUUUUGUGAGAAAAAACAAUAGGGCUAGAAUAUCAAAAUAAACCCAAAAAUCCCAAACCUGAUCAAUUAAAUCUAGAUAAAUUUAAUUGCUCUCCCACUGACAAAAGAGUCCUGUCGAUCCUGUGAAAAGUUAAUGAACAGUAACUACUGUAGGAACUGGAGCCAGGGGCUGUAAUUUGAUAAAUUCAGAUGCAGCCCAAGUCUGGAUAGAUUUAAAAUUACAGAAGCGGAGAGUUUUUCUUCAUUUUUAAAUUUUUUUGGUGCUUAUUUCGGACAAUUGCUUCAUCAACAAUAAGCUGUUGUUGAAUUUGAAAACAAAUGAAAUCAAAUGAAGGGGUGGGAUUUUUCUUUCUUUUGAGUUAAUUUCUAAAAGUACAAAUGCAAGCUACCCAGACAAUCCUGGGGUCAAAAUGCCUGUCUAUUCUAUUUAAUUUAUUCUAGUCUAUUCUAUUUAAUCUAUUCUAUUCUGUUAAAUUCCAUUCUGUUCUUUUCUAUUCUAUUCUAAAAAGAUUUGAAAAACUUUUUAGAGCAUUUGUUCAGCCACUAUUUUUAACAGAUGCUGCUGAAGAUCAUUCUGUCCCUGCUGAAUCAUGAGUUAUAUUGACGUUUUUCUCUCAGCUUUUUUAUCUUGACCUGAUUUCUGACUGUGUUGUUUUUAUUCAAUGAUUUUCAUAUUUGAAUUUGAUCUAAAAUACAUUUUAAACAUAGGAACAGCCAAAUAUUUUUUACGUCCUGAUGUACAAAGUGCUAAAAUUGUACUUUCUGUACAUUUUUCCUUUAUAUUGCAACCUUUACAUUUCCAGCAAAUUUGACAGUUUAACUGAAGAAUCCUAUGAUCCUAUGUUUUCAAGUAUGACGACAUCAUUAUGUGACUAACCCCUAAGCGCUUCUCAGCAUUCCUGAAUAACUAUAGUAAACAUUAUUUACAGUGCUGCUAUCUACAGGUGUAGCAACAGACAUGUUUUAAUUAGCUGUUCUAAGAGGAGAUUUGUGAUCCUUCUGAAAAAAAAGUAUUUUCCUCCAAAGAUGUUUUUUUUAGUUCUAGACUGCAAAACAAACAUAAUGCUGCAAAUUCUAAAAAACAAAAACAAAAAAAACAGUCUUCCCUACUUUAAAAUUUUAACAUUGGCAGUCAACUUGAUUGAAUAUCAUGAAGAUUAAAAUAUCAACUUUUUACUCUUUUACUCUCAUCCAAUUCGUUUUUUGCUUUUUUUGUUUUUGACUACAACACUGCUAAGGUCACUCUGGAGCACCAAGCAAUCCUAAAUGUGCAAUAUUACUUUAAUUUCACAAAUAUCUUAUAAUAUUUUGUCCUUGUUAUACUCAAGUAACACCGCAAAGCAGGCAGAACUUUCCCUUUAACAUAUCAAGAGAGACAUAUCAACCUGCAUAUAACCCCAACCCAGGACAUUUUUCUACUUCAUGCUGUAUAUUAAAGUAUACUCUAGCUGUAUGUCUUAAACCUGAGUUGUAUUAUCUCAAAUCAUCAUGGAACAGUGCAUCACAUGAGCUGUAAACUGCUUUUAUUCUCUCCGGCCACAUCAGAUUGGCAGAGACAAUCUAAUCAUGUGAAAUAGCCAUUUUCUAACUCAUUAUAAACACAUCUGCCAGUGUUUGAAAAAUGCACAUUAAAAAUAUGCCUUUUUUGUUCUUUUUUUCAACAAUGGUUUGUCUCUUCAAAUACGGUUAGUGAAUCAUUUCAAAAUGUACUGUUUACAACUUUCAAGUGCAUGAGAAGGACUAACAUUGAUUUAAAAAAAAUAAUUCUUCACCACUAUAUAUACAGUAAACAUACAUAAAAAGUAUGUGAACUAUUUUCUGAUGCUGUUUGUUCAUAGAGCAGUUUCAUCUUUUAAUUUUACAUCAAGCUUUUGCUUAGAUUUUCAAUCGCUUUGAGAGGAUGAUUGUUUUAGUGUAUUUAUACGUAAACUGAAAGGUCAGGUUAGUAUUUUCAAUAAAGAAAGUUACAUCCUGUACAGAUGGAAAAAGUGAAAACAACCUGAUAGGAAAUCUGAUAUAUAACAUUCGUGCCAAGUGUACAUAACAGAUUGUAGAAUAUGUUUUAUCAUCACUUGCCAUAAUAUUUAUAUUCCUUGUGGGAUUUUUGAGCUUUUUUCUUUUGAAUGUAGAAAAUGUGUUGUGUUCUUCUUUUUGUUUUCCUUUUAUUUGGUUAUAUGAAUUCAUUUUCCUCCAUUUUAUUUCCAAUUGCAUUGAUUCUAUGUUGUUUCUUUUCCUUGAUUCUGUUCUUGUGUUGUAGAUUAUAGCUACCAAAACGCCUGUAUUUACUGAUACCUGAUAGUCCAUGGCUUAGUGAUGAGUAGUUUUUGGUCAUGAGCUCUUUUAUUUGCACUCAUCCUUUUAAAGUGUAUGAGAAUAAAAAAAAUCUGUUUUCA